CGCUUCCAGCGGGCAGCGCCGGGGCGACCGCGGCGCGGGGCACGCAGCAGGCGACGGCCGCCUCGCCGCAGCCGGCCCGUCCGCCGGGCCCGCGGCGGCGGCGCCACCAGCCGUCAGAACCCCAACCCGGCUCCCUCAUGGCUGCGGCCAAGGCAGAGAUGCAGCUCCUGCCCCCGCUGCAGAUCUCCGACCCCUUCGGCGUCUUUCCGCACUCGCCCCCCGCCGUGGACACUCAUUAUCCCAAGCUGGAGGAGAUGAUGCUGCUCAGCGGCGGGGGUCCGCAGUUCCUCGCCCCCCCCGGGGCGCCCGAGAGCGCGGGCUUCGGCGCCGCCGGCGAGCCCGGGGAGCAGCACUUCGAGCACCUGGCGGCAGACACUUUUCCUGAGAUCUCCCUGAACAACGAGAAAACCCUGCCAGAAACCAGCUAUCCCAACCAAACCACGCGACUGCCACCAAUAACUUACACCGGGCGCUUCUCCCUCGAGCCAGCCCCCAACAGUGGCAACACCUUAUGGCCAGAGCCCCUCUUCAGCCUCGUCAGUGGGCUGGUGGGCAUGGCUAAUGCACCUCCCACCUCUACACCUUCUUCGUCGUCACCGUCCUCCUCCUCGCAGAGCCCCCCUCUGAGCUGCUCUGUCCAAGCCAGCGAGAACAGUCCAAUCUAUUCGGCUGCACCAACUUUUCCCAAUUCCAACUCUGACAUUUUCCCUGAACCGCAGACCCAGUCCUUUCCCAACCCCUCUGGAGCUCCCAUCCAGUAUCCACCUCCAGCUUAUCCGACUGCUAAAAGCAACUUUCAGGUGCCAAUGAUCCCGGAUUACCUGUUCCCUCAGCAACAGGGUGAGCUCAGUCUUGUUCCGGCUGAUCAGAAGCCCUUCUCUGCCCUUGAGACCAGAGCACAGCAGCCUUCCCUCACGCCACUGUCCACUAUUAAGGCAUUUGCUACUCAGACUGGCUCCCAGGAGCUGAAGACCCUCAACACUAACUAUCAGUCCCAGCUGAUCAAGCCCAGCAGGAUGAGGAAAUACCCAAACCGUCCCAGCAAGACCCCUCCUCAUGAGCGACCCUAUGCCUGCCCUGUGGAGUCCUGUGACCGGAGGUUUUCACGGUCUGAUGAGCUAACACGGCACAUACGCAUCCACACGGGACAGAAACCUUUCCAAUGCCGCAUUUGCAUGCGGAACUUCAGUAGGAGCGACCACUUGACUACGCACAUCCGCACGCACACAGGAGAGAAGCCGUUUGCCUGUGACAUUUGUGGCAGAAAGUUUGCCAGAAGUGAUGAGAGGAAGAGACACACUAAAAUCCACCUUAGGCAGAAGGACAAGAAAGUGGAAAAGGCAGCUCCAGUCUCAACUGCUUCCCCCAUUCCUGCCUACUCAUCCUCUGUGACGACAUCCUACCCUUCCUCCAUUGCUACCACUUACCCUUCACCAGUGCGCACAGUGUAUUCCUCCCCUGCUCCCUCUUCCUUUCCCUCCCCUGCACACACCACAUUCCCAUCUCCUUCUAUAGCAACCACUUACCCCUCUGGCACCGCCACUUUUCAGACCCAAGUGGCCACCUCCUUCUCAUCUCCAGGGGUCACCAACAACUUCAGCUCACAGGUGACCUCAGCACUUUCAGACAUGACAUCAACCUUUUCUCCAAGGACAAUUGAGAUUUGCUGAGAUUACCUUCUGGAGCAGGAGACCUCACCUUUUCGAUUGGUAGUAUCAGACAUGGAGUCUCCAAUUACUCCCCCAACGCCAUACAUUGCAAGGCUAUUUAACUUUUCUUUAAACUUCAGCUGCCUGAAACAACCACAGUUUUAAGUUUUACACCUCUGUUGAAUGACUUAAUUUGCAUGGACUGUGGAUAUAAGUUCAGUAUAACUUUCCCCGUAAACAAUAGUCUUUUAUUAGGAAGAAAGGACUUUUGAUUAAGUAUGUAGCUGAUGUAAAUUGUACAUGUGCCAUGGUUUUGCUUUCCUUUAGGUACUAGUGAUGUGAAAAAUCUUUGCAUAUCCAUAUUGUAUCAUUUGGAGUUUGCAGGGCCAUAUUUUGUAAAUGUUAAUUCUGUUUCAGUGACAAAGCUGUAAUGAGUUUCAAACAUCUUUGGGAACAGCACUUACUGUAUUUGAGCAUGUUAGAAUGAUGCUAUGUAAAUAUCAACCGAUGAGACACUCACAUGUGGCAGAAGUUUUGUUUUUAAAGUUACAAGUCUUGGUGCCUUUUUGUGAAGCCUUGCUGACAUCAUGCAUUUGUGUGAAUGGAUGCUUUGCAUCUUGCCUUAAAGUGAAAGGGAUGUUACUCAAAGAAUGUAAGGGAGAGCAGGGAAUGGGUGGGGAGCACAAGAAAGCCCUGGGGGACGAAAUGUAAGCAAAAAAAAAAACAACAAACCAAACCCCACACCUCUCAAAGUCUAUUUUUGUUACAAAAAUGUAAAUUUAUAUAUAUAUAUAUUCAGGAGUCGGAAUGUUGUAGUUACCUACUGAGUAGGCGGCAAUUUUUGUAUGUUAUGAACAUGCGGUUCAUUAUUUUGUGGUUUAUUUUUACUUUGUAAUUGUGUUUGUUAAAAUGAAAGUGACUGUUUGGCUUUUAAACACAUCGAAUGCGCUUUCCUGCCAAUGGGAUAUUUGGUGUACAAUACCCUUCAGAAAAAAAUAAAUAAAAUAUCGAGUUGUGCGGAAUUCUACAUUUUCCUUUAAGUUGCUACAUAGGAAGACUGUGCUGCAGCAACCCUGACUCCUUGAGUGGCUGGGAAAUAACAAGUGAUGCUUGUCUCCUGGAGAAAUACCCUCUUAAAGAAAGGAAGGGAGAUCAAUCACUCCUAAGUCCAGCUGCUUGCAAAGGCAUGGAUGGAGUGUGUGCAUCCCUGCGUUACAUCCAUCACCCGCUAUUUUGAAGUAGCCACGAUUCCUGUUUUCUGGCUUCUCCAGAAGUAUCUGAGCUAGUCUUCGGAAGAAAGACAAUCUUCCCAGUGCUGAAAGCGAUGUUUGAAAACUAGAAUCUCAACUGUGUGUUCAUAAAUAGUCAGAAAUCUUACUGGAUGGCAAGAUAAUAAAGCAGUUUCUAGG